AAAGCCCAGCCCCGUAACGCACGCUACACACACCCCCUCUUUCUCCACUCCAUCUCGCCGAUCCCGAGGACGAACGGAACUGACGAUGGCGGCAGCGAACGGCGAGAAGGGGUUCGUGGUGCCGGAGCUGGAGAUCAAGUACACCAAGCUCUUCAUCAAUGGCCAGUUCGUCGACGCGGUCGCCGGCAAGACGUUCGAGACUCGGGACCCACGCACCGGCGAGGUGAUCGCCACGAUCGCUGAGGGAGACAAGGCCGACGUUGACCUAGCCGUCAAGGCCGCCCGCGAGGCCUUCGACAAUGGCCCCUGGCCCAGGAUGCCCGGCUGUGCGAGGGGUCGGAUCCUGCACAAGUUCGCCGACCUAGUGGACCAGCAUGUCGAGGAGCUGGCGGCGCUGGACACGGUGGACGCCGGCAAGCUCUUCCUGAUGGGAAAAAUGAUGGACAUCCCCGGCGGCGCCAACCUGCUGCGCUACUACGCCGGCGCCGCCGACAAGAUCCACGGCGAGACGCUCAAGAUGUCGCGCCCGCUCCAGGCGUACACGCUCAAGGAGCCUGUCGGCGUCGUCGGCCACAUCGUCCCGUGGAACUACCCCACCACCAUGUUCUUCUUCAAGGUCAGCCCCGCGCUGGCCGCCGGCUGCACCAUGGUCGUCAAGCCCGCCGAGCAGACUCCCCUCUCCGCGCUCUUCUACGCCCACCUCGCCAAGGAGGCCGGGAUCCCCGACGGCGUCCUCAACAUCGUGCCUGGAUUCGGACCCACGGCAGGCGCCGCCAUCGCUUCUCACAUGGACAUUGACAAGAUCAGCUUCACCGGCUCGACUGAGGUCGGGAGGAUCGUCAUGCAGGCGGCGGCCAUGAGCAACCUCAAGUCUGUCUCGCUUGAGCUGGGCGGCAAGUCUCCGGUCAUCGUGUUCGACGAUGCUGACGUCGACAUGGCCGUGAACCUCGUUAACAUGGCCACGUACACCAACAAGGGCGAGAUCUGCGUGGCUGGCUCGCGCAUAUACGUGCAGGAAGGGAUCUACGACGCCUUCGUGAAGAAGUCAGUGGAGCUUGCCAAGAAAUCGGUGGUCGGAGAUCCUUUCAACCCCAAUGUACACCAAGGGCCUCAGGUUGACAAGGAUCAAUACGAGAAGGUCCUGAAAUACAUCGACGUCGGCAAGCGCGAAGGCGCUACGCUCCUCACCGGAGGGAAACCCUGCAGCGAGAAGGGGUACUACAUCGAGCCCACCAUCUUCACGGACGUCAAGGAGGAUAUGUCGAUCGCGCAAGAGGAAAUCUUUGGGCCGGUGAUGGCUCUCAUGAAAUUCAAGACGGUGGAGGAGGCGAUUCAGAAGGCGAACAAUACCAGGUAUGGUCUGGCCGCCGGCGUGGUGACCAAGAACAUCGACACCAUGAACACCGUGUCACGGUCGGUCAGGGCCGGGGUCAUCUGGGUCAACUGCUACUUCGCCUUCGACCCCGACGCCCCGUUCGGCGGGUACAAGAUGAGCGGCUUCGGCAAGGACAUGGGCAUCGACGCCCUCGACAAGUACCUGCACACCAAGACGGUGGUCACUCCACUCUACAACACACCCUGGCUCUGAUCUGGACCGAUUGUUCGUUUUUACAGUUAAUACCUGAUUGGAUCCUGUACUUAUUACUUGCUUUGAUCAACGUGCAUGAUGUGUUACUUUUCC